GCAGUCCCAUCCUCAGAUCCACUCACCACUCCUUGACCAUCUCGACUCCAGCACACAGACCUCACUGGUUUUGUGUGUCCUAUCCAUCUCGCGAUAACUUUGCCUGUGUCGAUGUCCCACAACUUCACUCCACCGUCCCCACUCCCGCCGCUAACCACUUUCUUCCCGUCCGGAGACAACGCUAUCAUCCACAAUUCGCUAUCUCCGUCCCGCCAGUCGUCUCCUAUUUGUUUCCCACUUUUCAGGUUCCAUACCCGCAGUGAGCCAUCGCUUGAACAAGUCAUCAUCCGCUGUCCGUCUGGUAGAUGUAUGGUCCCAGUGACCCAACCGACGUUGUCAUCUAUUCGGCACAGCUCCAUCACAGAUUUCAUCCAACAAAGUCCAUCACUUACGACAAUGUUUCUUAGGAGGUCUCGACGUCUUGACACACACAAUGGGUGUAUAGGUCAAGAUUGCACUGCAAGUCUGAGCUGGUACAUUUUACAUGUGACAUCCUCGUGUUUACUUCACAGCUUACAGCAUAUGCUGUGCAGCGGAAGCGCCCAAGUAUCAUUUGUGAUUACUAGUCGCAUUCCAUCAUUCGCAAUUUUGAAACUCGUUUUUACUGCCUGGCCAAUGUAUCAUAUACUGAAUUGCACCCUAGAUCAUACAUUCACCGGCCAACUCCUCCAACGCGCUCGUCAUCUCCAAGCUGUCAAUGCUCGAUGCACAUCUCGUGCGCAAGGCGUACAUCUUACCAUGUCUCAUGGGAAAUUAUCCAGAACUUUUGCAAUCACUGGUACCAACAACCAUGAUUCCCCCCCCCCUCCCCCUUCUGUUGCUGCCCCGGACUCGCAGAUUGUGAUCCAUCGUAGCGUUGUACAGCACCGACCCCUACUAUAAAGUGGUAUCUACAUUACCAUACUGUGGGAGGCGGAAAUUCAUGUGAUUCUAACAUUGUCCUCACGAGGCCCGAAA